UUUUAAAAAAUGACGUUUUAAACGUCAAACUAAUUUAUUAUUUUUUAAAUAUUUUUAAAUUAUUCUUUAGUAUUUUCUUUUUAUUAGCUUGAAUUAUUUCUUUUUAAUUUCUUAUUAAUAAUAAACUCUGAAAUAGAUUUAAGGAACGUUUAUAUUUCAAUAAAAUCAACAAAACUUCAAUUUUUAAGGUUAUGUCAUGGGUAUCAAAGAUUUAUGGAGCAUUUUAGGUUCUUUUUGCGAGAGAAAACCACUUUUUGAGCUCCAAGGAAAAACCGUAGCAAUAGAUUUAUCAGGUUGGAUAUGUGAAUCCCAAAAUAUCUCCGAAUAUCAAGUUCAACCAAGAAUGUAUUUGAGAAACCUCUAUUUUCGAACGUGUUGUCUUUUACUUUUGGGAGUAAACCCCGUUUUUGUAUUAGAUGGAAAAGCACCUACAUUAAAAUACAAAACUAUAGCUUCGAGAAAUGCUUUACAAUUUAAAGGGGCAAAACCUAAAAGCGAUUCAGAUACGAGGAAAUGUAAAGAUCGUAGUCGAUUUAAUUACACUUUAAAACAAUGUGAGGAGAUGCUUCAAUUUAUGGGUAUUGCUUGUGUUAAAGGAAAUGGAGAAGCUGAAGCUUUAUGUGCACAUUUAAAUGAGGAUGGAUUAGUACAUGGAUGUAUUACCCAAGAUUCAGAUUGUUUUGCUUACGGUGCUAAAGUUGUGUAUAAAAACUUUUCCAUAUCACAACAAGGGGCUCAUGCAGCUUCUGGAGGAUCAAUUGAUGUUUAUGAUAUAGAAAAACUAAAAUUAAACAAUGGAAUUGGUAGAAAUAAAAUGAUAGCUUUAGCUUUACUUUGUGGGUCUGAUUAUAAUGAUGGUGUUUAUGGAGUAGGUAAAGAUUCAGUUUUAAAACUUUUUAAUCAAAUCAAGGAGGAGGAAAUUUUAAACUAUUUAAAAUCAUGGCGAGAAAAAGAUGCUUAUUAUAAAAUUUUAGAAGAAAAUGUUAAUGAUAAGACUAUUUGUACGAAUUGUGGCCAUUUGGGAAGGCUACAAAGUCAUAAUAAAAAGGGUUGUAAAGAUUGCGAUAAAACUAAUGGCUGUGUAGACACUAAUUACAAAGAAAAACUGCAAAAAUUAAAAAACGAAAUCAGCGUUCGUAAAAAAUCACUUGAAGAUCCCAAUUUUCCUAAUCAAGAUGUUAUCGAUGAGUUUCAAAAACGAAAAGAUAACGUGAAUCAUUUAAAUUUAAGUUGGACAAAACCGAAUUUGAUUGGAUUUGUUGAUUUUUGUCGGGAUUAUUUGCAAUGGGAAGAAAUUUAUGCGUUUGGAAAGUUUUUACCAAUUUUAACUAGAUGGCAAGUUCUAAAUUGCCCCAAAAAUGGAAAUAUGCAAGGACUUUUAAAACCUGAUUAUAUUAAAAAAGCAAGAAAUCCAAAAGGAACUCCAAGUUAUGAAAUAAUUUGGUUGGAUGAACAAAAUUUGUUUAAAAAUUUAAUUCCAGACGAACAACUUGUCAAUGUCGAUCUAACAAAAUUAUUAUCAACAAUCGAACCACAAAGUUUAGUCGAAAAAACUUACCCAGAAUUAGUACAAACAUUUUUAGCCUCUAAAGAAAAACCAAAAAAGGUUUCAAAACGCAAGAAAAAAGAAACCGACAAAGAACAACCUAAAAAAUCUCGAAAACAACCACAAAAAACUAAAGAGAGAAAUAUAGAUUCUUAUUUUAAAAAGGCUUUAAUUAAUAAUACUUUAGAAAAAGCUAAUAAAAAGACUGAUUUAGAAUUUGAUUUAGACUUGUCGAGUUUCGGAGAUGAAAACGAUUCUGAUUUAUCGGAUAUCAUUGAUGAUAUAGUAAGCCGAAAACCAGAUUACCUCAAACCACAUCUAGAUUUAAUCAAAAAGAAAGAAUUAAAUGAUUCAUUCUUCUUUUGUGAUGAUAACUUUGAUAAUGAUCAAGAAGACAUGUUUGAGAAAACUUUUAAUGAAUUGUGCAGAAAGGACAGUGAUGAAUCAAAAAGUGAUAUUGAGGAAGAAAAUGAUGAAAUUAAUGUAACAAAUAAACCUAUACAACAGGAUAAAAGUGAUAAUGAUGAAGAUUCUUUUACAAUAACUUAUAUCCCAUUAGCUGAUAGAAUUAAGGCAAAAAUGAAUAGUGCUAAUUUAUAAAUAAUUAAUUUUAAAGUAAUUUUAAUUUAAAACACU